AUGGACUAUCAUAAGGUGGCCGGGUUCCUCGCAGGACACGUGGAGACUGUGUACAAGCUGACGGUUGCCACGGGCGAAACGCUGUUGUCGGGCACCAUGAACUUCGUGUAUGCAACGAUCAUUGGCUCGGCAGGCCAGAGCAAUAGGCAGCUUCUGGACCACUUUGGACCGGACCUUUGCCCUGGGGCGAUUGACAUCUACAGUAUUCCAAGCAAGCUUGACAUUGGCGACAUCCGAAUGGUUCGUCUGGAGAAGGAGGCGUUCCUGGUGAACGACUCGUGGUUCUGCCGUUACGUGGAGGUCAACGCUCCGGGUGGCCGGGUGCACCGCUUCCCUGCGAACCACUGGCUCGAGCAGGGCUCCAUGGAGUUGCGGGAGGGUACUGGAAUAUUGCCACAGCACGAGACCUUGGCUCAACUGAAGGGAAAGAGGGCUGACGAAUUGUCCGAGAGACGAGACUCCUUGAGGUGGCUAGAAUGGCAUGCUGGGCUUCCCCUUGGAGUCGACAGCAAAUCGUUCCUUGACUUGCCCCGCGACACCCGUUUUGAUGAUGAAAAAGUGCCGAUUUCAACUUGUCUUUUCUGCAAAGGUAAAGCCACAUUUGCUUGCCAUAUGACUGACCAUUCUGGACAUGUUCAUAGUUUUGAAUUCUAUUUGGGUUUGAGGGUGUUCAUGAACCUCGAUGGAAUGUCUUGGACGAAAAUAGAAGACUUCCGUCGCUUGUUUAUACGGGUCAAGAGUAACGUUGCAGAGUACGUUUCUCACCACUGGGAUCAGGACUGGUUCUUUGGUUACCAAUUCAUGAACGGAGUCAACCCUGUUCUCAUCAAACGCUGCACCAAGCUUCCUGAGAAUUUCCCUGUCACCACGGACAUGGUGAAGAGCAGCCUGGUCCGUGAAUGCUCCCUUGAAGACGAGAUCAAGCAUGGAAAUGUCUACAUUGUGGACUACCAGUGCCUUGAUGACAUUCCUGGCAAUACAUUCAACCAUUCCAAGCCCUUCUACCUGGCAGCUCCCAUGUGCCUGCUUUACGUCAACAAACAGGGGCAGCUGCUGCCUAUUGCUAUACAGCUACAGCAAAAGCCAUCGGACAACCCCAUCUUCUUGCCGAGCGACUCUGCACACGAUUGGAUGCUGGCCAAGAUGUGGGUUCGUUCCAUGGACUUUCAGAUCCAUGAGGUUUCCACCCACUUGCUCCAGACCCACCUGCUGGCCGAGGUGUUCACCAUGGCCACCUUGCGACAGCUGUCUACAAUGCACCCUGUUCAUAAGCUCCUGUAUCGGCACCUGCGCUUCACCCUGGAAAUCAACGUGCGUGCACGGACGCAGCUUGUAGGCACAGGAGCCUUUUUCGAUCGGGCCCUGUCAAUUGGGGGCGGUGGCCAUUUCAAGCUGGGCGCCAAGGUCUUGAAGGCGCUCGCCUACAGACAUCUGUGCAUCCUAAAGGAUGUGGCAGAUCGAGGUGUUGGUGACUUGCCCAGCUACUACUACAGGGAUGACGCUUGCACCAUUUGGAAGACCAUUCACAAAUUUGUCGACAAAAUCGUUGCCAUCUUCUACAAGAAUAACGAAGAUGUGAUGGGUGACACUGAGCUUCAGGCUUUCAUUGAUGACAUCAACCAUGCCUUGCUGAGCCACCCAUCCAAUGGAUUUCCUACCAAGUUCACCUGUGUGGCAGAGUUGAGUGAAUUCCUCACAAUGGUAGUGUUCCUGUGCUCUGCCCAGCACUCUGCAAUCAACUAUGGCCAGUUUGAUUUCUAUGCAUGGAUCCCAAAUGCACCCAGUGCCAUGAGGAAACCACCUCCAACCACCAAGGGUGUGGUGGACAUGCCCUUCAUCCUGCAGACGCUGCCUGAUGUGCAGGUGUCUUGCGUUUCCAUGGCCAUCACCUGGGUGCUUAGCCGCAGUGCUGCAGAGAAAACCCUUGGAACAUUCCCAGAUGAACCUUUCCAGAAUCCAGAUGCCCUCACGGCCAUGCAAGAAUACCAAUCCGACCUCGAGGUGAUUACAAAAUCCAUUGUUGCAAGAAACGAGACUCUUCCAAUCAAGUAUCCCUACCUGAAACCUGACAAGGUGGCCAACAGCAUCACCAUCUAA